AUGGAAUAAAAUCCUGUUCUUAUCUUAGAAUAAACUAAGGAUAAAACUAAAUAAAGAAAAGCAAUUGAUUAGGAGAUAAAAACAAAGUUAAUAUUGAGUGUAGUUAAUGAUCGACUUCCAAUUUAUUAGGUAAUGAAGAAUUGAAAAUAAUUAAUUAUUUUAGGCUGCUAUUCUCCAUAAGGUUAAAUAUUCAUCAGCAAAACAUAUACUCAGAAAUUACUUCAAUGACUCAGCUAACUUUUUUUCAACUUAAAGAAAAAGAAAGAGAAAAAUACUCUGCAACAAUGUCUUUGUUUUAAUUGAUGCAUGUUCUGGAAAAAUUACUAUCAAGAAAUAAUAACCUAAUUCUAUAUCCUGUACUCACAAUGGAUAGACUCCAGGCUUACAAUAAAAAUCCUUAAGUUAACUUUCUUAUGCCAUUUAUUUGGAAGUUUAACAACUUUAAAGUAUGAAUAAAUAAAACACUAAUUAUAGAGAAGUUUGGACAAUAAACAAAAGAAUUAGAUUGUAUUUCAAAAGAUGUGGAAAAGUUAUAUUAAAUCAUAAAAAAGCAGCAUAACGAAAUGACGAAUUUAAAGGAAUGA